GCUACUCUAAACUCAACUCAUCAAAAUGUCUGGCCGCGGCAAAGGAGGAAAAGUCAAGGGAAAGGCAAAGUCCCGAUCAUCUCGUGCCGGACUUCAGUUCCCAGUUGGUCGUAUCCAUCGUCUGCUCCGCAAGGGCAACUACGCAGAACGUGUCGGAGCUGGAGCUCCCGUCUAUCUGGCCGCUGUCAUGGAAUAUCUGGCAGCUGAAGUGCUGGAAUUGGCAGGAAACGCCGCUCGUGACAACAAGAAGACCCGUAUCAUCCCGCGUCAUCUUCAGCUGGCCAUCCGCAAUGACGAGGAGUUGAACAAACUGCUCUCGGGCGUCACCAUCGCUCAGGGAGGUGUUUUGCCCAACAUCCAAGCCGUUCUGCUGCCCAAGAAGACCGAAAAGAAGGCUUAAACUGGAAUCGUCUCUACUCACAACCAAACCGUCCUUUUCAGGACGACAAAUUUGUUUUAUAAGAGUUGGUUGGUGCUUAUGUCCUUACAAAUUCGACAAAUCAUUAGCGUAAGCUGAACACCUUAUUUAAUGUAAUAAUGUAAUAAAAAUGGAAUAUUGGAAAUGUGCAAACAUAUUAAAAAACAGUAUGAAGACGUGCAGCGCCUAGGAAAUGUCCUGCAUCGCAUUCAACAUUUCAUUGAGCAUACUAUUGCUUACUCAAAUACUGCGUUUUAAGAAAUCAGUUCAGUUGUAGUUACUGUAGUAUCUGAACUUAAUAUGAAAUGCUUUUUUUAGCAAGCUGGCUAAUCAAAUUACCUUUCAGAUGAG